AUGAGAUGCAGGGAUGUUUUUCGGGAUCACUUGUGGAAAAAGAUUGGUAAUGGGCAAAAUACUUACUUGUGGUUUGAUAAAUGGUCGAAUGAAUGCCUGUUAUAUCAUGUUGUUACUCCUCGUCAAUUGGCUCGCUAUGGGUUUUCAGUUAAGUCAAUAGUAACGGAAGCGUUUAUUGAUGGUCGAUGGGAUUGGCCGGAAGAAUGGAGGAGUCAAUAUCCGAACUUGUUUCAACUUCAGCGUCUAACGCUAACUAACAUGCAAGAUAGGGUGUUAUGGAAGAAUUCUGAAGAAAAGCUUGUUCCGUUCACGUCUAGAGAAGUGUGGGAUACUAUCCGGAUCCGUGACCAGCCGAUUAGGUGGUCGAAAGUUGUUUGGUCCUCGUACAAUAUUCCUAAACAUUCGUUCAUGUGUUGGCUUAUUUUUAAAAAGAAACUUUGGACUCAAGACAGGAUUUUGAAGUGGAAUCACGUAGUUACGGGCUCUAUGAAUCUGAUGUGUUGCUUGUUAUGUCACGCUGGAUUAGAAACACAUGAGCACUUGUUUUUUGAAUGCCCAUACUCGUCAUCAGUAUGGCAUAAGGUUCGACUGAAAGUAGACAUGGAUAUGAUUAUGGAUUCAUGGGAGGACAUUUCGGAAUGGCUGAUCUCCAGGGCAAAGUCGAAGACGGUUGUUUCGGUGGCUGGAAGAUUGGUAGUGGCGGCUGCAGCUUAUGUCAUUUGGAGUGAACGAAACGCUAGAUUUUUUAGUAAUCGAUUAAGACCUCCAGAGAAGACGGCUGAUAUUGUUAUUAGCACGGUAAGAACAAAGCUGAUCUCGUUCAAAUACAAGCAAAAUUCAAAUGUCAAACGGUUUUUGGAAAAGUGGAAGAUGGAAAAGGAAGAAUUCUUGGAUGAAGAUUGA